AUGGAUCUUAGGAGACUGAAAAAACUGCAGGCCCUGGUGCAUUUAUACAGACAGGAUCCAGACCUCCUGAGGGCUAAGCAGCUAAGUUUACUGUGUGACAAUGUGAAGAUCAUAGGAGAUCCCAUAUCUCUUCUUCAAUGCAAUACCUCUGUAGAGAAGACAGCCGAGGAGGAGGAGGAAUCGCCAGAGGCAGCUGAGAGUGAGGAGAGUGAUUUGGAAAUUGAGGAUGAUGGUGUUAUUGAACCAGAUCUGGAUGAUCCCCAAGGGAUGGGAGAUGAAUAUUUGGAAAUAACAAAUGAGAUGAUAGAGCAGGUCAAUGAAAAGAGGGAACACACCUUUGCCGCCCUGAAUGAAGGUGAAUUUCAGAAAGCCAUUGACUUGUUCACGGAUGCUAUCAGGCUGAAUCCUCACUUCAACCUCUUGUACAUUAACCGAGCCAGUGUCUUUGUGAAACUACAGAAGCUGAAUGCUGCCAUUAGAGCCUGUGACAGAGCCUGUGAGCUUAACCCCAAUUCAGCAGAGUCUUAA